UGGGUGACGAUUCAAAGGAUUUUGUGAUCACAUUGAAAUUCUUCCACGUUUAAUUAUUGGAUUACACGGUUAUUUGGAAACCGAAUAAGUUGUCUUUCUGUGUUCUGACUUGAGAAAAAUUUUGAGAUUGUUUAUUUAUUAUGCUGGUUUACAUGAAGGCAGGAGGUUCUUCUGGUACUGUAUUUGCAUGGGAUCUUCGGUGGCAACAGCAGCCAAUAGUUCUUUCUGGGGUUGCAGCAGGUGAGUUUCAGUCACACUCAUUAUCUGAGAGUGAAAUUUGGGAAGUCCAGUAUGACAGCUAUUCUUCAAACAUUGGUAACAUGUCAACAUCACGGGUGUUACCUGUUAUGAUCUGCUCAGAAGAUGGAAUCCUUGCUGUUGUUGAACAAGGUGAGGAACCCAUUGAACUCUUGGCUGAACCAUGUGCUAUCAACAGCUUUGACAUUGACCGACAGAACCCCUCGGAUGUGAUAUGUAGUUUAGAGUGGGAGGCUAUUGCCAUCUUGAUGAGGGCAUAAUUUCUGAAACUAAGAUGAAGAAUUUGGUGGCAUAAAUAGGAUCUGUUCAUUAUCCUUUCAGUGUAUCUUAAAAAGUGAAAGUGAUGAUCUACUUGGGGGAAAAAGAAGCAGCACAUCAUGAUUUUGGGAAGAUGAACUGGUUAGCUUCAGUGUGUUCUGGAAACCAGCGUAUGCACCCAAAAAUUAAGGUUUAUAGUUAUGCUCCAUCUUAUCUAGUAGUACAGAGUACAGGUGGCUUUUUAACAGCACCAGACUGAAUCCAUGUUGUUGGAAAAGUAAUUGUUCUAAUCUUGGGCCAUCUGCUUUUGUUUUGAAAGACAUUGCUAAUGAAACACUAAAGCCAGGGACCCAAAAAAAGUUGCCAUGAAAACUGUUCAGAGCACUAGUGCAUGGCUGAGAUUGAUUUAUUGUAUUGUGGGGUUCAUGGCUUAGAUGAAUUUUAACCCCAGAAUGCUGUCGUUGGAUAAUAUUUAUGGGUUUGUAGCAUUGUUGCGAACGGAAUGCAAGCUGCAGUUGCAGCUAACUAUGGCUUGGCCCAAGUUAAUUGCUUUUAACUACAUUAGUAAGGUUUA